AUGGCAAUACCACGCACCAGUGGACUUGAUGAUUCAUCGAUAAAUACGUUUAUAGCGUGGCGUCUUUCUAAAGUUGGCGUAUCUGUCAUAUUAUUGACAAAUAAUGAAUCUCCAAUUAACUGGAUAUCUCAAACGUUUGGAUCAGAAAGCUAUUCGCCACAUUUAACGGUGAAAUCCGUAGACCAGCUUAUGAGCGCAUGGGAUACAGAAAAUAAGCUCGAUUAUUUAUUGUUAUAUUCCCCAAGUUUGAUCGAACUUAAAUCUCUUGUUACCGAGAUUAAGCCUUUGGUAGGAGAAAGCUCUACGAUAAUUGUCAAUUCGAAUUUCUCAAUCCAUUUGGAGCCAGUAGUAUACUCGGCACUACCCAAUAGUAAUGUGUUUUCUCUUUAUAGUUCUUUGGGGAUCAAGAAAGUCCAGGACUACCUAGUGAUGACCAGGGAGUCGAAUUUAUCGAUUUUCUUGGGAUUGAGUAUCCAUCAUAAUGAUCAAAUGGUGCCGCAAUCCAGUAUCGCAGUAUUGAACUCCAAGAAGGUCAGAUCGCCGUUAGGAAAAUUUAUAGCGCUUUUGAAGAAAUCAGGAGUGAAAUCAGUGUUCAAAGUGUCAACAGUUUCUCGCACCCGUUUUGCAACCCUUUUGUGGAAGCGCUUGAUUCAUUUGAUUUGUUUUGAUUGUUUUGCAGCUUUAUUCAGGAUUGUAGAUAUGAAAAAGUUAUUCACCGAUCCUCUAGUGUCACCAUUAAUUCAAAAUAUCAUGAAUGAGAUAUUAGUUUUGGCUUACAAAUGUGGCAACAAGGACUUAAAGCCUUCACAUAAAGAUGCCAUUUUUAAGAAGAUGAUGGAUGAGUUUACCGAAGAGUCCGAUGCGCCAAUGGAGCAUUAUACCAUAGUAUUACCACCAUUUAUCAAAUAUUCUUUAGUUUUGUUCAAUUACUACAGCGGCCAGGGAGUACCAACCGAUUUAAUUUUGGUGCAGCUAAUAAUGUUAUCGAUGUCUCUUAGAACAUCAGUGCCUACUAUUCAAUUUUUAUAUGCUUCUUUGGUAUCUCAGUUAAAAUAUACUGGAGUUGCUUUGUCAACAGUGAAGAAUUCUAUUGUUAAUUCACCAUCAGUCCAAACUGUUACUCAUACCAUUGACGAGCCGAUGACCCCAAACCAAUCAAAUGAUGAUACGAGGACCAGCAAUAAUGAAAUUCAUUAUUCACAAAGAAAAGCAUUACAAUCUGCUACUAGUGGUAUCGAUAGUGGAAUUGAAGAUUUCUAUAUUAGUGAUAGCUCUUUGUUUUUCGAGGCCACUGAAAAAAUUGAUAGCUUGGUGAGUGAUGAACAAGGAGUAAAUGAUGUAAUAGAGGAGUCAGUUCAAGACCCUGAUGAUUCCCUGAUAUUGCGUGCGUUACCAUUUUCUAAUACUUUACAAACUGAUGACGAGAGCGCGGAUAGAUUAAGAAUGGUGAAUGAGGCGUUUUCGGAAGUCCCAGUGAUGCAAAUAAUUGCUGCCCAGAGCGGCAGAAUGAGGGAUGUGAGAUUUCAUGGGGAUGUGGAAGAAGAAUUACCAGAAACUAAUAUCAAUGUCACUGGGGAUUAUACCAGAUCUAGCACCGCUGCUCAUGGGUUUACUAACACUAUUGGCAAUUCUUCACAAUCGAAAUAUAAUAUUUCGAAUUCCCGGUAUGGGGAUCCUAAUAAACUGUACAAGUUUUCUAGGAAUAAAGAUUCCCACGUUUUAUUUAAAGACUACAAAGAUCUAAUUGACAGUUUGCAUUCAAGCGGUUUCAUCGACGAUACGAAUGGUCGAUAUGGGGUUUAUGAUUCAUUUUCUUCGUCUUUAAAGAAAUAA